AUGGAGAAUGUGUACUAUAAAAUUUUGAUGCCUCCUAAGGCCAUCAGUGCUUGUUUCCAGUCCAGCUCAGAUAUGGAUAUCUCAAAAUCUCCCUUGCUUCAAAACAAGUUCUCAGUGGCUCGUCUGGCUGAAGACUUUUUCUGGGUUGGUGGCAGCAUCGUCGCCUCUCCGAGAUGGAAAAUUGGCCACUUUGUGGAAAGAUGUAUGAGCUCCAUGCAGGCGGGCACCCAGAUGAUCAAACUCCGAGGAGGCUCCAAGGGGCUGGUCCGCUUCUACUACUUGGAUGAUCACAGGUCCUGCAUUCGCUGGAGACCCUCUCGGAAGAAUGAGAAAGCCAAAAUUUCCAUCGACUCCAUCCAGGAGGUGUGUGAGGGGAAGCAGUCGGAGAUCUUCCAGCGCUACGCCGACGGCAGCUUCGACCCCAACUGCUGCUUCAGCAUCUACUACGGGGACCACAUGGAGUCCCUGGACCUGGUGUCCUCCAGCGCUGAGGAAGCACGGACCUGGAUCACAGGGCUGAAGUACCUGAUGGCAGGCAUCAGCGAUGAGGACAGCCUCUCCAAACGCCAAAGGACCAGAGACCAGUGGUUGAAGCAGACAUUUGAUGAGGCAGAUAAAAAUGGGGAUGGCAGUCUGAGUAUUAGUGAAGUGCUCCAGCUCAUGCACAAACUGAAUGUGAACCUACCCCGACAGAAAGUCAAGCAAAUGUUUAAGGAGGCUGACACAGAUGACAACCAGGGCACGCUGGACUUUGAGGAGUUCUGUGCUUUCUACAAGAUGAUGUCGACGCGGCGCGAUCUGUACCUGCUGAUGCUCACCUACAGCAACCACAAGGACUACCUGGACACAGAUGACCUGAAACGCUUCUUGGAGACUGAGCAGAAGAUGACAAAUGUGACUAAAGAACAUUGCCUGGAAAUCAUCAGCAAGUUUGAGCCGUGCCCAGAGAACAAGAAGGAGGGAGCCCUGGGAAUUGAUGGUUUCACCAAUUACAUGCGGAGUCCAUCGGGGGACAUCUUCAACCCAGAGCAUUACCAAGUGAACCAGGACAUGAGCUACCCUCUGAGUCACUACUUCAUUACCUCUUCACACAACACCUACCUCAUGGGAGAUCAGCUGAUGUCCCAGUCCAGGGUGGACAUGUAUGCAUGGGUGCUACAGUCUGGCUGUCGCUGUGUGGAAGUUGACUGCUGGGACGGGCCGGACGGGGAACCAAUUGUCCACCAUGGAUACACUCUGACUUCCAAAAUCCUCUUCAAAGAUGUCAUUGAAACUAUCAACAAAUAUGCCUUCAUCAAGAAUGAGUACCCUGUGAUCCUGUCAAUUGAGAACCACUGCAGCAUCGUGCAGCAGAAGAAAAUGGCUCAGUACCUUACAGAAAUCCUGGGAGACAAACUGGAUCUGUCCUCUGUGCACAACGAUGACUCCACAAAGCUCCCCUCACCAGCAAGUCUUAAAGGCAAGAUCCUGGUUAAGGGCAAGAAACUUCCAGCCAACAUCAGUGAGGAUGCAGAGGAAGGAGAAGUUUCUGAUGAGGACAGUGCUGAUGAGAUUGAUGAUGACUGUAAACUAAUGAAUGGAGAUGCAUCUGCUAACAGGAAAAGAGUGGAGAAUAUAGCAAAGAAAAAACUUGACUCACUGAUAAAAGAAUCCAAAAUCCGUGACUGUGAAGAUCCAAAUAAUUUUACAGUUUCCACUCUCCCAUCCUCAGGAAAGGCUGGGCUGAAGUCUGAUAGUAAGAAGAGUAAACUUGAGGAUGAUGCAGAAUCCGGGGAAGAUUUCAGUGCCAGCAAGAGGCCCAGCAGGUCACUCAUGGGCAGCUUCUCCAAACGCAAGAAAAAAGGAAGCAAAUUGAAAAAGGCAUCAAGUCUGGAAGAGGGUGAAGACGAUUCGGAUUCUCAAGGGAAUUUAGCCAGGAGCUCUGUACAUUACAGCAGGGUAAGCCGACAGAAGAAGACAAUGAAGCUGUCCAGGGCCCUGUCUGACCUGGUGAAAUACACAAAGUCAGUUGGCAUCCAUGAUGUUGAAACUGAAAUCUCUUCCAGCUGGCAGGUUUCAUCUUUCAGUGAAACCAAGGCCCACCAGAUCCUGCAGCAGAAGCCAGCGCAGUACCUGCGCUUCAACCAGCACCAGCUGUCCCGCAUCUACCCCUCCUCCUACAGGGUGGACUCCAGCAACUACAACCCCCAGCCCUUCUGGAAUGCCGGCUGCCAACUUGUUGCACUAAACUACCAGUCAGAGGGGAGAAUGCUGCAACUGAACCGGGCCAAAUUCAGUGCCAAUGGGAACUGUGGCUAUGUCCUCAAACCCAACUGCAUGUGUCAAGGUGUCUUUAACCCAAAUUCUGAAGACCCACUGCCUGGUCAAUUGAAGAAACAGCUGGUUCUAAGAAUUAUCAGUGGUCAACAACUCCCCAAACCACGUGAUUCCAUGCUGGGAGACAGAGGAGAGAUCAUAGAUCCAUUUGUUGAAGUAGAAGUUAUAGGCUUACCUGUUGAUUGCUUCAAAGAACAAACCAGAGUAGUUGAUGAUAAUGGUUUUAACCCCAUGUGGGAGGAGACCUUGGUGUUCACAGUGCACAUGCCGGAGAUUGCCCUGAUCCGGUUCCUGGUGUGGGACCACGACCCCAUCGGGAGGGAUUUCAUCGGGCAGAGGACAAUUGCCUUCAGCAGCAUGAUGCCAGGUUACAGACACGUGUACCUGGAGGGCAUAGAAGAGGCUUCCAUCUUUGUGCAUGUGGCUAUAAAUGACAUCUGUGGUAAGGCCAAACAAGCUCUAGGUCUAAAAGGGCUGUUUCUCAGAAAUCCAAAGCAGGCCUCUCUGGACAGUCAUGCUGCUGGGCAGCUCCAUCGCAAACAUUCCUUUAGCAGCCACAUCCUGAGACGGACGGCCAGUGCACCCACCAAGAGCCAGAAGAAGAACAAGAAGGGCUUUCCAGAAAUUGCUUUUGACACAAAGGACAGCAGCUCUGCAGGGGCUGGAGAAGGGAGGGAAGUGGAAGCUGCCUCCCAGCCUCGCUUUGUGCAAGAGCCAGAAAGCGCUUCCCCGUCCCCAGCUCCCCGAGACGGUGCCGCUGGGGAGGCACCUGGCAAGGGCUUGAAAGGUAAGGCCCAGGGCUGUCCCCAGGGGCCAGGGCAGAGCUGUGCCCACCCCGGGGCUCCCUUCAGCGAGCCCUUGCCCAGGGCACACAGGGUGAGGCUGCAGGAGCCCCUGGGCGAGAAGCCGAGCGUCUUUGCCCGCUGUGCCAUCAACAGCUCGGGCAGGAUCGGAGUGGCCACCAACUGCAUGAAAUGCAUGAUUGGCUCCAAAGAGAGCCCUGACCCUGAGGGGCCAUGGAGUGACCACCCUGGCAGGCCCACGGUGGCCAGAGAGCCCCUGCAGGGCAGCAGUGCAGAGGAGAGGGUGGAGCUGCACACCUGGGUGGUCAGAGGGCAGCCCAGGCCACUCUCAGAUUUGCAGCCCUGCAGCAGCCCUGGAACUGCAGGUGACCUGAGGAGGAGCAGCCCAGGGAAGACGAGUGGUGACUCUAAGGGCCACGGGAUAAAGGCUCAGCCCCGGCAGCGCUGGCAGGGCCACUCUGGUGGCAAGUAUGGAAGCACUGUCAACUUGGUUGCAGCCAGCAAUGGCUCUGUGUCCUCCAACUCCAGCAGUCUAGAAAGUCUUGGAAGCCCAGAAUUCCCCAAGCACUGGGCUGAACCUUCUCGAAGGCAAGUGGGCACCCUCCAGAGGGAAAUGAACGCCUUGUUCGUUCAAAAAUUGGAGGAAAUUCGAAGUAAAUCCCCUAUAUUCUUUACUGAUGUCUGCCACUUCUCCAUGCAGAGGUCAGUCAGUUCUUUAUGCAGCCUAGAAACGAUCACAGAAGAGCCUGUCCUUGCCAGUGAGGGCCAUCACUGCAGCCUUCUCUUCCCCCUGCCUGUUGCCUCCUACAGUGACUCUGAGGAAGGAUCUGGCUCUGACCAUUCCACCGAGGCUCCAUCAGAGGGAAGCAGAACACCCAACCAGCCUCAAGAGCCCCUACCCUCCAGGGAACAAGGAACCAAUCUGGCUGCAGAAGACCAAGGGCGGGAUGUCCCAAGAGCAGCUGACGGAGGUUUAGGAGCCCCAGAGGAUGAGAGGACAAACGUGGCAGGAUGUCCCACAGAAGGAAAUGUCUGGACACAGAGCAGUGAGGCUCAAGAUCAGGGUGGAUCGGCAGCACAUCCCAAAAAAGCCAGGCUGGUAGAGGCAGCAGAUCACAGUGCUGGCCAACCUGUAGGAAACUGCCAGAAGCAAAACCAACCAGGUCAGGUAUCAGCAGACACGAAAAGCACCUCUGAAUGCAAAGGGCAAAACCUGGGUGCAGCAGCUGUUCCACCCCAGCAAAGCAGUGUCAGUAACAGCCCCCAGGCAGAUUCUCCUCAGAAAGCCUGGGCUGCACAGCCUCUCCCUGUCUCUGUUUCCCAGACGAGCUCUUACACAUUGGCAAGAAGGGCAAAGAGUGAAGGACUGAAGACAUCAGACUCCUCAGCCUUAAUAAAAACCCCGAGCAGCCAGUCUCCAGCAGCUGAAGUGUACUUUGAUGCCACUGUCAAUGACCGGAUCUGGAGCAAGCUGGACUGUGCCAGCCACCGUGACAGCAUGUCCUCCUCGUCCAGCAUGUCCUCCAACGACACCGUCAUCGACCUCUCCCUCCCCAGCCUGGCCCGCAAAAGCCUCCCGGACCUGGGCAUCCGCCAGGACAGCCUGGAGCCCCUGGCCAUCAGGAAGGGCAUGCGCCCCCGCUCCGCCACCACCUGCAGCAGCGAGAUGCCAAUGGUCAGCAAGAGCAAGUCCAACCCCAACCUGAGGUCUGGCCAGCUGCCGGCCGACGAGCUGUGCCCCCGGCCCCUGGCCAGGAGCCCUCAGGACGCCUUCUCGUCCAUUCCUAGAAGGCACACCUGGAGCAGGCUCUACAUGGAGAGCCUCAGGCAGUCCUCUAACAAAUCCAAAGCGCAUGACACGGUCGGGAAUAACCAGACAAAGUCCAAAAGCCUCGGGGACCUUACCUCUGACGAUAUCGUGUGCACUUUUGAAAGCAAAUACCGCAGCAUCAGCAGGAGCUUCGUCACGCGCUCCAUGCGGGAGCAGCGCCGCUCCGCCAGCCUGCGGCCCUCGGCCAAAUCCCGGGAUGAACUGACGGAGCAGCUGAAGAAGCUGACAGCCUUCCAGCAGGAAAACGACAUCACCUCCCCCAUCAGCCUCGAGCCCAGCGAGUCGGAGGAGGAGGGCGAGAGCGUGGGGCUGCUGCGCCGCUCGUCGUCGCGCAGCCAGAGCCGCGUGCGCUACAUCGCCAACAGGGCGAGGCAGGCCCAGGAGAGGCAGCGCCUGCAGGGCCGGGCACAGCUCGGGGGCAGCCCCAUCGAGGAGAGGGGCAACCCCGAGGGCGCCUGCAGCGUGGGCAGGGCUGGCUGCACCGACCCCGCUGCCCACGCGGCCCUGGCGGCCUCGCCCAAGGCCCAGCCCGAGUGCGCGGCCGACACCGAGGUGUUCUUCAUGCUCAAACUGUGA